AGAAUCAAAUGUGUACAUGACUUUAAUGUUAACAUUGAUACACACAAAAUUGAUGUAUUCGACAUCAUUAUGAAAUUAAACAUAUGAUGUACAUCUACCUCUCUUUUUACACAAAAAAAUAUUAGUUAUGUCACAGUAAGAUCCAGGAUGUUGAGGAAUUAGAAGGUGGCAAAUAUUAUGCAAAGUCUACAAAUGGAAUAGACAAUCCAGGUCUUAAUGUUUCUCUGUCUUCCUUGCAAAAAGACCCUGCACAAAAACAUUCUAAUGACACAUUAACCUUAAAGAAAAAUGGUGGCUUGAAAAACUUCCAUCCAUCAAAGAAAUGGAGGGACUUGGAAAAAUUAGAAACAGGAAGUAAUCCAGAGAUAAAUCGCCAUCUGGUGAAUAAAAAAUUGACAAUGAUGAAAAAGAAUUCCACUGCCAUGGAAGCCGAGGACGUUCAGCAAAAUGAGAAAAUUCCACUUAAAAGGAGGCUAUCUCUGGGGGAUAUCCCCAUGACAGAAACUAAUGGCAAACACCUUCUAAGCCCUGAUGAAUGUUUCUAUAUAGGAAGAGCUGAUUCUACUGCCAGAAUGUCUAGUUCAGAAGCCAAUUCUGUAUGUCGUCAUCGGAUACGAAUCACAGAAGUGGUGCCAUCACAUAGCAGUAUUAUAGAUGGUCGUGACACAGAUUGGAGAUUAUCAUUACAUCAAUUCAGUUCCAAGAAACAAAACAAAGAAGAAAGAUCUAAGUUUUCAAAACGUAUUCGGUCAUACUAUAAAGCCCAGGAUGAACUGAUUGGAGCAUUUGAGGACAUACAACUAGGUGUGGAUGAAGAUAUGGACGAUUCUGAAGAAGCUAGACAACUUAUCAAAACAGCCGGCUUGUAUGCUAAAAUAACAUUCUUUGCUAAUCUUGUAUUAUUAGCAGCUAAGGCUGUUGCUGCAUUUUUGUCGGGAUCUAUAUCUAUAAUAUCCAGUUUAGUUGACAGUGUCGUAGACUUGUCAUCAGGUGUGAUUAUCUGGGUCACAGGAAGAGCCAUACGACAAAGGCUUCCAUAUGUAUAUCCUCAAGGUCGUACCAAGUUGGAACCAAUAGCCAUUGUGAUAUUAUCAGUUGUGAUGAGUUUAGCAUCCGUCCAGUUGAUCAGGGAAUCAAUAGAGAAAAUCAUUAAUUUGACAACAGGUGACAGCAAACCACCAACAGUUGAUAUUGCUACCAUAGUAAUCACUGCGUCAGCCAUAGUUAUUAAGUUUGUGUUGUGGUUAGUAUGCAGACGUAUAAAAACACCAACAGUUCAAGCGCUGGCUCUUGAUCAUCGGAAUGAUGUUUUGUCAAAUGCAGUGGCUUUGGUGUGUGGAUAUGUAGGGUCCCAGGAAUUAUUAGAUAAAACUGGUGAAAAGGGACUAAUUUAUGUGGACCCGAUUGGAGCAAUCGUUAUAUCUAUUUAUAUCAUUAUAAACUGGUGGAUCACAGGAUAUGGUCAGAUUAAGAUGUUGACUGGACAUACAGCGAAACCUGAUUUCCUGAAAAAAUUAACAUGGAUUUGUGUCAAUCAUCAUCCUAAAGUUCAAUACGUAGAUACUGUACGAGCUUUUCACUUCGGAAAUAAUUUCCUCGUAGAAGUGGACAUUGUCCUUCCGGAGGAAAUGACCCUCAAAGAAGCCCAUGACAUUGGGGAACCCCUUCAACAAAAGCUGGAAAGACUGAAAGAAGUGGAAAGAGCAUUCGUACAUUUGGAUUAUGAAUUUGAACAUAACCCAUUGACUGAACACAAGAUGGCCUGAAGGAUCGAAAUUUCAUAUAUUUUUUUUAUGUAAAUAUGAGGUCAAUUGCAUUUAAUCAUUGAUUGUGUCUUAUACUUGUUAUACAUGUACUUACAAAGUGUCAAUAGUUAAGUAGAAAGGCGGAGUUGUAAAUACAUUUUAAAAAUCAAAUUUAUGCCAAAAGUAAAAGAUCAAAGUCAUUUUAGAGUUUAUUUAAAUUUGAUGUGAUAAUUACUUCUGAAGAAUUUAAAAUCCUUUAACUUACGAUCCAGUUCAUUAGUGUCAAAACAUACACGUUAAAAUAUGCAUAUGCAUUUUAAAUACAUUUUUGUACUAUAAAUGCACUAUUAAAGAAAGGAAAGUGUGCUUGUGCUAACUGUUUCUUUGAAUAUACUUUGUUUCCUUUUUAACAAAAUCUUCAUUUCUCCAAAAUUUCUUUCACUUGAAAAUUUCAGGUUUCAAAUUGCUAGUUCCAUAGAUCCAAAUUGAAGUCAUGAUCAGUGAAUUUAUUUGAUCUAUUGAAUAGUAUUUUGUGGUUGAAAUAGGCAAAAUAUUUUUUUUCAGUUUAUUUUAUAACUAUCAAACAAACAAGUUAAUUUUAGAUAUUAGAUUCAUUAAUGUCAUUUUUUUUUAUUGUGAUUUAACAAUAUAAGCGCUAGUUUUUUAAAUAAUUUUCUCUAAUAGAACAAAAUGGCAUGAUUAAUCUUAUUUGAAAUUAAAAAUUUACAUCCCAAAAAGGUCAAGAUAAGGGAUUUGGUGAAAUUUGACAAAAUCAGCUGGAUUUCAACCAAAUAAAAGACCAGGAAACAUUUUAAAUACAGUAAUGUUUUGUUGCUUCAUUUCUUUUUAUUGCUUAAUGGUUUGCAUAUAUAUAUUUU